AUGCCAAAGCGCCGACAACCACUUUCUGUGGAUUCUCCGAACAGUGGUACUGACAAAGAAACCCCAAAUUUCCUUGACGAUUCUGAACAUGAGGACGCGUCAUUCACUCCGACAACAAAAGCUCUCACAAGAAAGAAAAGGAAGGUGACUGGCACUCGAAACAGGAACGUAGACAACGCGUCACUUUCGCAAAUAUCAGGCUCGCAAGAACCCGAUGGCUAUGACGCACCCUGCCAUUCGAGAUCUACACACACCAUUGUAUCUCCAGGCCCCAUGCGCAAGGCACUCUUGAGCUGGUUUAAAACCGUACACGACACUCGUGGGAUGCCGUGGCGUCGCGCAUACGACCCAAACCUAGGAACAGAGGAGCGUGCACAACGGGCAUACGAGGUGUGGGUCUCCGAAAUCAUGUUGCAACAAACCCAGGUCGCAACCGUCAUUCCAUAUUACAACCGCUGGAUGGAGAAAUUUCCCACCAUUAGAGACCUCGCAGAUGCGAGUAUUGAUGAAGUGAACAGCUUAUGGAAAGGGUUGGGUUAUUAUAGCAGAGCGAGCCGGCUUCUCGCGGGUGCUAAAAAGGCGGUUGCAGAAUACGAUGGAAAGUUGCCUGACAAUGCAAAGGAUAUGCAAUCCAAAAUUCCUGGCAUUGGUCGGUAUAGCGCUGGAGCAAUUUGUUCGAUUGCGUACGGUGAACGAGUACCUGUGCUUGAUGGAAACGUACAUCGUCUUCUUAGCAGGGUUCUCGCACUCCACUCCCCUCCCAAAGCCAAGCCGACUUUGGAUAUACUGUGGGCAGCGGCACAGACCAUGGUGGAAAUAGAAGACCGAUCUGAGGGUUCUAUUGGUGCCACGGAAAAGCAGGAAUCCGACUUUUUGUCCCCUCAAUAUCCGGGCGAUAUCAAUCAAGCACUUAUUGAGCUUGGGAGUACAGUUUGUAAAAUAAACACAGUUGCGGACAUUGAGGAUAUAUGUGAUGUAUGCGAGCCUUUUACCGAACCGCCAGGAGUGACGGCUUAUCCCAUGAAAGCCGAACGCAAAAAGGCUCGAGAAGAGCUAGACGUCGUUCACGUUAUCGAGUGGCAUUCCGAUUCGUCACCCCGCGAUAGAAUGUUUCUCAUGGUUAGGCGUCCAGAAAACGGCCUCUUGGCAGGUCUAUACGACUUCCCUACUUCCGUGGAUGUCCCAAUGAAGAUUACUGUCCGGGAUCAAGAAAGUUUAACGCUGAAAAUUUUGCCGCAGAUCAUUCAAGGUGCAUCACGUAUCUCGAGGCAGAAAAAGCGUAAUACAGUUGGACAUAACCCUUCUCAGCCAGAAGAUCUCGUAAUCGCUGAAAUUCAGCCAGUUGGGGAUGUCGUUCAUGUAUUCUCGCAUAUAAAGAAGACAUACAGGAUCCAACUGGUUGUACUAGAGGGUGGCGUUAAACCGCCUGCAAUCCUAGAGAAUCCACUGCUACAUGAUGAGCGGCCAACAAAAAUAGAGAGAAAAGAGGGGCGCGCCGCCAAAAAUGUCAAUGUCACAACUGCAAUAGAUGCAUCGAAGCCAGCUAUAUGGGUUCCUCUAAACGAGGUUGUGGAUACAAUGUACGACAACGACUCUUACAUUUAA